CCUUCCUGGUCCCUCCUUCUUCCUUCCCUACCUGUCCGCGGCCACGUCAGGGGCUCCUGCUGCUGCGCCGCUUCUGCUGCCUCUCUCCCUCCCUCCCUCCCUCCUUCGCCCGAUCGCUCGAUCCCUGCUCUGGGAUCCCCCCCACCUACCCCGCAGGAACCAUGAUCUCCUCCCGAGGGGGCGCCAUGCCACCGCCCCCCAACGCCACCGCCUACUACCCGCCGCCGCGCAUCACCCUGCCCUCCGGCUUGGAGAUCCUGCGCACCUACUCGGGGGCCUUCAUCUGCCUGGAGAUCCUGUUCGGAGCACUUGUCUGGAUUUUAGUAUCGGCUACCCAUGUCCCUUUGCCGCUGCUGCAGGGUUGGGUGAUGUUUGUGUCCGUGACGGCUUGCUUCACCUCCAUCUCCUUCCUCUGUGUUUUCCUCUUCAGUUACAGAGAAAGAAUCGCAAUUGAUUGGAACCGUUUGGAUUUCAUUUACCACGCAGGUGUCUUUGUCUGCUAUUUUGGGACCUUUCUGCUGCAAGCGGCAACCACCUCUUUGCAUGCUCACCCGGUGAAGUACACCGUCAAUUUCGACAGCGUCCAGAACACCACUACCACUACCUAUGAGAAGCUUCUAAGUGAACACGAAUACAACUUGAGCAUCGCAGCUGCCAUCUUUGCCUUUGCAACAACUGUGUGUUAUGGGUUCAGCACAACCCUGGCUCUACGGAGAUGGAAACUAUAGCACUAGAAGCUGACAAGGCAGCUCAAAGGCAUCCCGUCUCGUUUGCGUACCUGUUCAGAUGAUCAAAUGAUGUACUACUUGUGGAGUUGCAAAGGAUGCUGGGAACACAUUUAUAUUUUUCUAAAAUGUUGGCACACACAAACAUACACAAGAAGUCUAUGUCAUAAUUAUAUAUGUGUGUAUAUAAUAUAUAUAAUAUAUUUGGACAAGGGUGGGGAAAAACUCGCUUGUUUAUUUCUCCAGUUUUCAGUUGCUUAUGUUAACUGAUUUACCGGGAGCAUUAUCCUCUGCUACAGAUAGUAUUAUAAAGUUGAGUGAUGGAAUAGGGUUAUCCUCGGCAGACAACUGCGUACUUUUUUUUGUUUGGUGCUAAACAUCUGCUUGCAAGAGAAACAAACAUCUCUGCAGAUGGGCUGUGUCUCUUGCGCACACAUGCAAACACAGGGAGGCAGCUAUGAAACGAUAACCCACCAAGCUUCCGCCUGAAAGCUAACUGUGUUCGCAGGCCUGCCAACAUCAGCAGCUAAGCACAACCUCCAUUUAUUUCAGUGCGGCAUCCUUUGGCAACCUGGCGCCCUCCUGAUGUUGUUUUGGUCCAACUCCUAUCAGUUGUCAUUCCACAACAUCUGUAGGUUGGCAAGAGGUGGCGCUGUGGGUUAAACCACAGAGCCCUAGGCUUGCUGAUCAGAAGGUCGGCGGUUCGAAUCCCUGCAACGGGGUGAGCUCCCGUUGCUCGGUCCCAGCUCCUGCCCACCUAGCAGUUCGAAAGCACAUCAAAGUGCAAGUAGAUAAAUAGGGACCGCUCCAGCGGGAAGGUAAACGGCGUUUCCGUGUGCUGCUCUGGUUCGCCAGAAGCAGCUUUGUCAUGCUGGCCACAUGCUGUCUGCAGACAAACGCCGGCUCCCUCGGCCUAUAGAGCGAGAUGAGCGCCGCAACCCCAGAGUCGGACACAACUGGACCUGAUGGUCAGGGGCCCCUUUACCUUUACCUUAGGGUUACCAACUCCCUGGGUUUGGCCCUGAGUUGGGUUUUGCAGUCAAUUCUCGAGGCCAUUGAGUAGUGUCAAAUUGCUGCCUUUGAAUCUUGAGGUCUAGGGGGGUUGAAGUAGUAUUCCUUUAAAACAAUAUAAAAAUAGCUCACCAUUCUGAAAGAGAAAAGGUGUAAACUUUUUUUUUUAUCAAUGUUUCCCCAGAUUUCCAGUUUCUCCAGUGGAAAAACCAGGGAGGAAAUUUACCCAACCCCAUAUUAAUUUCCCCCCAUUUCCCCUGAUCUUCGCAUCUGUAAGUUCCACCCCUCUGAGCCACUUCUAGCUCUUUUUUUAAGAAUUGGCAGCUCCAUUCCGAGGUGUUGGGAUUCCAGAAAUCUGUCAACCCCAUGUGGGAUUUCCAUGGAAGUCUCUUGCAAUCAUUUAACAAUUUCUCAGGAGCGAUGUUAGGUGGAUUCUCCUAAUGCAGGCACCCCCAAACUACGACCCUCCAGAUGUUUUGGCCUACAACUCCCAUGAUCCCUAGCUAAGAGGACCAGUGGUCAGGGAUGAUGGGAAUUGUAGUCCAAAACAUCUGGAGGGCCAAAGUUUGGGAAUGCCUGUGACCUAAUGCUCUUGAACUGAUGUCUAUACAGGCAGGGUAGUGGAGUUCUAAACCAGUGAAUGUAAUAUUUUUCAGGAAGUUGAUUUCCUUUUUUUUUUUUACUUUAAAAAGAAAGUAAUUUAUGGAAAGGUGGGUGGGUGGGGGAGUCUUUUAAUAUUCAUUCAGUCCUUAUAUAAGGAUCUAGCUUUAGUUUUUAAACUGUACUUUUCACCUGUGAUCUUCAAAGCAUUUUUCUUGCCCAAGAGUAAACAGCAUACUAAAAGCUUUAACAUUAGCAGAGAAUGGAAAGGCAAGCCAGGAAUAUUAAUUGGUUGGAUCUGAAACCAUGACAGCUAGCUAAUUCAAUAACCACAUAGCUCUCAAAAGUCAGGCUCUUUCUAUCUAGUAUUUGUUGGGCUGAUAAUAUACAUAUUUUUUACAGCUCUGAAUUUAAAUUGUAUAUCAAAAUUCCUUUUUGAAACUACUUGUGUUUCUUCAAGGGAAAUAGUUAUAUUCAGUUUUAAAAUGCAUACCUAUAUUGAUUAGCACUGUAGUUCAUAUGAUCCACUCAGAAAACAAGUAUAUUGCUUCAACUCUGUGUGGGGUGUAUAAACUUGGAUUUUAUUUCUAACUUCUCCUGGUCUUGCAUGUCUUACUGCAACAAUAUGGAGUUCCUUGCCAACUUUUGCAGGCAAGAUCUGGAAAGUGCCAAUGUCUAAACUCAUAUUAUUUAAUUUAUAUUGCAGACUCCUGCACUUAUCAGAAACGGCUUUAGAUUUUGAAAGCCAAUAGCAUCUUGGAUGUUUUAGCAACAUGUAUGUAUAUUGCAGAGCACCUCUAAAGCAUUGUUCUCAGUGUGGGGGAAAAUGUGUAUUUGUGAUUAACUGUUGUGCAGAUUUCUCCCUUGAAUAUAAAUGUUUGCACUAUUUCACCUGGAUGGGCAAGUUCUUAACCCAUUUAUGCUUUCUGUAAGUGUGGCAUUUACGCUUUCUUCUAACGAAAGUUUCUUAAAGAUCAUGUAAAUGGAACUGA